GGCUCGGCCGGCAGUCCGCAGAGGUAGUGGAAGACGGGAACACCGGUGAGUCGCCAUGGACGCCGCUACAACAUCUCUCACGGAGUUCUUCUCCUUCCUCUCCAUCUCGAAACCUUCCACUCCACACCUUGAGUCAGUCUCUUUAAAUUUUCAGUCUCUUACGAAGCCAAAACUGGCACGGUUGGCUGCCGCCAGGACCAGGAGCUCUGUUACGUCUUCUUCCCCAGAAUCUACCUCUCCCAUCUUAAGCGUAAGGAAUUACAAUGUUUUGAUCACUGUGGACAAUAACGAUCCUGAAGAGAAGCUAGUGAAUCAGUUCAGGAGACAGGUUUUGAGAGCUGGAAUCUUGCAGGAGUGUAAGAGGAGAAGAUUUUUUGAGAACAGCCAGGCGAAGAGAAAGAGGAAAGCUAGAGAAUCCGCAAAAAGGAAUCGCAAGAGAAGGGUUUGGAAGCCUGAAUCAAGAGCUGAGGAGCAGCUAAAACAGGAAACCACUCGGAGGAAGGAUAUGGAUGAGGGAGAUGACAACUGGGAGUUCUACCAAGUAGACCUUCCUUACUGUUCAUAGAAAAAGCUCACUGCCUUGAAAGUUGAAGCCAUUGUUUGUAAUGUUUUGGCUUAGAUCAUCUUGCCUUCGAGCAGGACGAGAUUGUUUUGUGGUCGAGUAUCGGUUGCAAAGCUUUGGCCUUUGUCGAGACGACAAAGGCUUAGGCUUAGAUUCUGUUUGAUAACGAUUUUGUCUUUUAAUUUUUUUGUUGUUAGUAAUUAAAUUUAUUUUCUCACCGAUUCGUUACUA